AUGAUACUGCGAUGCUUUUUCAACCAGCAUCUUCUUCUAUGUUUAUCAGUAAAAGCUGUAGUGAAGGUGACUCCAGAUCAGCGUGUGUUCAGAGGAGAGACAGUCACUCUCACAUGUGACAUACAGAGAGCAGGAAACAUUCAGUGGACAUACAGCUGGUUUAAAGAUGCUUCAGUCAUCAGAGACGUCACUGAGAGAGUCUACAGCAUCACAUCUGAUGAGUCUUACAGUGGUGGAUACAGCUGUAGAGGAGAGAGAUCAGACUCACAGAGAUCAGACAUCAGUGCUGCUGUUACACUGACUGUAUCAGAUUUACCCAGAUCUUCACUGACUGCGACUCCAAACAGUCCCGUAUUCACUGGAGAGAGAGUGAGUCUGAAGUGUGAGAUAAACUCUGAUCACAGUAACUGGAGAUAUGAGUGGUAUAAAGACAGCACUAAAGUGUCUGAGCGUCACACUGUAAACACUCUCACUAUUGAACGAUCUGAAUCAUCUGAUGCGGGUCGGUACACGUGUAGAGGACACAUAGAUGGAAGAUCAGUCUCAUCACACUCAAGCUCUGUUUAUCUCUCAGUGAAGGGUGAAUUUAAUAUCAUUGUCCUCCUAAAUAAGCAUAUUUUACUAUAUUGA